AUGGGGGAAGAGUACAAAAUCCAGGCCUUUGAUGCAGACACACAGAAUCUCCUCAAGACAGCCUUGAAAGAUCCAGCAAGUGUAGAUCUGGAGAAGGUGGCCAAUGUAAUUGUAGAGCAGUCACUGCGAGAUGCUACGUUUAGCAAAGAAGCAGGGAAAAUGUGUUACACCAUUAUUCAGGCAGAGAGCAAACAAACAGGCCGAAGUGUCUUCCGCAGUGCACUCCUAAACAGACUGCAGAGUGAAUAUCGGAAUCGAGAGGAGAUGAGAGCACGAUCUGUGCAAGAAUGGGUGUGCUAUGUCAGCUUUAUCUGCAAUGUCUUUGACUAUCUGAGGGUCAACAAUGUGCCGAUGUUGGCCCUGGUUAAUCCUGUGUAUGACUGCCUUUUCGAGUUAGCACAACCUGAGAGUCUACAGAGAGAGGAAGAGGUGGACUGUCUAGUUCUGCAGUUACAUCGUGUUGGGGAACAACUGGAGAAGAUGAAUGCACAGAGAAUGGAUGAGCUUUUUUCCAUCUUAAGGGAUAGUUUCCUACUUCAAAAUGGACUGGGA